CAUCGUCGAUUGUCACUGGAUUUUUAAUUUCCAAUAAAAAAAUCAAUUAAAAUGGAAAACGACGCCGGAGAAUCUGUUGAUUUGUACUGCCCACGAAAAUGUUCUGCCAGUAACAGAAUCAUCCACGCUAAGGAUCAUGCUUCCGUACAAUUGAACAUCGUCGAUGUUGACCCAGAAACCGGCAGGAUGGGUGUCGGAUCCAAAGUGUACGCCAUUUGCGGCGACAUCAGACGCAUGGGAGAAUCUGACGAUUGCAUCUACCGUCUGGCCAAGAAGGAUGGUCUUAUUACUAAGAGCUAUUAAGGCGGGAAUUUACAUUAACUGUGUAAUCCUAAAUUAAUUUAGAAAUAAAAAAACCUGAAUUCUUUUAUUUUUUAAAA